AUGACAACUGAUAGAAUAGAAUCAUAUCAUCCAAAUAAUAAAAAAAAUGAGGUAAAUUCAUCAAAACCUUAUUCAUUGGAUGAAAAAAGUAAAAGAAAUGAAAAUAAUGUCGAAUCACCACUUUUAAAUGAAAAUUCACCAUUAUUUAAAGAAAGAUCAUACCCAAUGGAGUCGUCAAUUGAUAUUGGCGAGGGAAUGUAUUCAAUAGUAGAUUACAGAAUAAAAGAUAAUUUGGAAUAUUAUUCAAUGUGGGGAAAAAUACUUUGUUUCACUCAGUUAUUUAUUGGAAUAUUCCUAUAUAUAGUUUGUGAUAAAAAUAGUUAUUUUAUUUUAACAACCGUUGCAAUUAUCUCUCAUAUUUUCAGUGUUAGUUUAGGAUUAUAUGCAGUUGCUAAAAAACAUAUUGUUUUAAUUAUCAAUUAUACUAUUUAUGCAGUAAUUAUUUUAGGAUGUACUCUAGCAGUCUUCAUAUUAUCAGCAGUUGUAAUGUCAAUGGAUUAUCCAUGGUGGUUAUUUAUUAGCGGAUUGCUUUCACUAAAUCUUCAAAUCUUCGGAAUUCGUUAUUUAGUUUCAUUAUUUUUAUUAUUAAAAGAUUUACAAAAAAGAGAAUUAUAUAUUUCCCAACCAAAAUUAAUAAAUAAUAAUCCAGUUGCUCAAUAUACCCCACAACCUUAUUUAUAUCCAGGUCAAAAUUACCAACAACCACAACAACCACAACAACCAGUAUAUUAUUAUACACAAACUUAUCAACCUCAAACUAAAUAA